AUGAAUUAUAAACCUUUCGUAGAAGAAAAAUUUAAACGAAUAAAUAAAAAAUUAAAUUUUCAACGAUGGUUCUAUUCAAUCAUAGGAAUUAUAACUAUUUCUGUAAUAAUUCUUCUUACUCUUGAACAAAUUCGAGAUAUGAAAAAAGAAAAUAAUGAAUUUACAAUUUGUCUUUUACUUAUUAUUCAUUCAGUUUAUGUACUUAUUUCUAUUCUUUCAACAGCUAUUUUCUGUCGUAUUACUAAUGCUGUUUUAACAACUUUAACUAUUAUACUUCUAUGUGCUUAUAGUGGCGUUCAUUUUUACAUUCGUUUUUCAUUAUAUCAAAAUCAUCCGAAUGAAGACUUCGAUUUGAUAACCGUUCGAUUAGGUUUUUUAUUGAUUUUAUUAAUCUUAUUACUUCCAUGGACGAAUGUUAUGGUUCAUAAAUAUCAAAUAAAUAUUCUACCAGACAAAGGAAUGAUAAAUCCAAGAUCAACAACAUUUUCUUGGUUUUUAUACCUUGAUUUUAUGUUAAUAAGUUCUUUAUUAAUAUUAAAUAUUCGUAAUCAAUUAGAUUUUGGUCUAUAUGAAAUUCUCUUAUUAUCAAUUGGAAUACCUCUUAUUUUAUUAUGGUUAUGUAUGGGAAUGUUAAUGGCUAAUAAUAAAACUCCUCAUCGGGUCUUCUCAACUAUUUUUUAUAUAUUAUCACUAAUACACAUCAUUCAUUUAGGUUGUAUUAUUUAUAGAGCUAUUUCGGAAUAUAAUACGUUAUUAAAAAUCAAUGAAUCAACAUUAUUUCCUUUACUGAUUAUAAUAUUUAUUUGUAGUGGUGCCAAUAUUCUUAUUCAUACACUAACAAUCAUAAUUAGUUUUAUUUUAAUUAGUAUAUAA